AUUUAUAGUACAAACUAAAAGUUAAAUUAGGCCUACAGUAAGGGGUAAGUGGUAAUGUAGGACACGGUUAACUACAGUAAAAUAAUGUCCUGUAUUUGAAAUGUUUGCAUUGGUGAACUUGAACUUUUAACUAAAACAUUGUUCUGCUACUGCUAGCUUACACAUCAGUGGUAUUAACAAGAUUUUAGUAUCGUUGAUCAUUACAACUAUAAUUUAUAAUGAUUACAAUUAUUUAAUGCUGUUUUUACUAAAUUAUAAAAUUGUUAUGUUAUCAUGGCGCAUGUAAAAGAAGUCAAAGUUUGUUGAUCCCUCUAACUACAGUAUAUAAUAAGUCUAAUCUCACAAGACAAGUUUUUUUCCAACCACAAUCUUAGUCACAGGAACAGACUCACCAGGCUAAGAGAAGGCACACACUCCGGAAGCUCUGAGAAGUUGUUCUGAAAGAAAGAAGAAGAAACGCUUACUGAAUUGAAUGUUGUGUUAAAGGAGAAGGAAAUCCCUUGUGAGACGAGACACAUUCAAAACAAUAAACCACCAGUCUGAGGAGUCAUUAUGAGCAAGUCAAAGGGCCCAGAGUACCCUUCCUUCUCUCUGGAGACGGAUGACAGGACAGAUGAUGAGAGGGCACAGAGCAGACAGGUGAAGAAGCCUGACCGGCUGGUGUCUGCCCUAGGCUUAGGCAGUUCGGGGGGGCCCAAAGCCCCCAUGGACUCAGACUACCAGGAUGAGCUGGAGGAGGCCGCUCCCAAGAUUAGAUUCAAUCUCAAUUUUGACAAAGAAGUACGAUGUUUGGAGGAGAACAAAGAGGACAGGGACAGCAAGAGGUUUGACAUCAAGAGGCUGUUUGAGGCCGUGUCCACUGGUGAUGUCAUGAAGCUGGAGGGGCUGCAUCAGUACUUGCAUCAGUCCAUGAAAAAGCUCUCCAACACUGAGUAUCAAUCGUAUGGUAAAAACGUCCUGCUGAAGGCUCUACUGAAUCUGAGAAAUGGCAGAAAUAACACAAUUGAAUAUCUCCUUGACAUCUCAGAGAAGAUGGGGGACAUCAAAGAAUUAGUAAAUGCUGCUUACACAGACAGCUAUUACAAAGGUCAAACAGCCCUUCAUAUUGCCAUUGAGAGAAGGAGCACCUAUUUUGUUGAGCUAUUGAUCAAGAAAGGAGCAAACGUCCAUGCCAAAGCCUGUGGGAAAUUCUUCCAGCUCAAUGAUGGACCCAGCUUCUACUUUGGUGAGCUACCUCUGUCCCUGGCUGCGUGCACCAACCAGCCUGAGGUGGUGGACUUUCUGCUGGAGAAUGACUACCAGAGAGUGGAUGUGAGGGAGAGUGAUUCUCUGGGUAACAUGGUGUUGCAUGCCCUGGUGGUGUUGGCUGAUAACACACCAGAGAACACUGACUUCAUCACCUCUAUGUACGACCACAUCCUCACAACAGCUGCCCGCCUCCACCCCAAAUGGAGGCUGGAGGACAUCGAGAACAACCAGGGCCUGACGACUAUAAAACUGGCUGCCAAGACUGGCAAGAUCGGGCUGUUUAAGCACAUGAUGCAUCGUGAGUUCCAGGAGAGGGAGACCAGAAACCUGUCGCGUAAAUUCACUGAGUGGAUUUACGGACCCGUCCACUCCUCCUUGUAUGACCUGGACUCACUGGACUCCUACGAGAAGAACUCUGUCCUGGAGAUCAUCGUUUACAGCAGUGACAUUCCUAAUCGCCAUGAGAUGCUGCAGAUUGAGCCUCUGAACAGGCUACUGGAGGAGAAGUGGGACAAGUUUGCUGCUCGGAUGUUUUUCUUAAACUUCAUGGUUUACCUGGUUUACCUCUCCGUCUUCACUGCUGUCGCCUACUACAGGAAGAAGGGAACGCCACCUUUUACUCUGGAACAUACCAGACAGGAGUACCUGCGACUCGCCGGUCAGCUUUUUAUAACUGUGGGAGCCUGCUAUUUCUUCAUAAGAGGGAUAUUAGACUUGAAGAGGAAACGUCCAAGCCUGGACACUUUGCUGAUUGACGGAUACAGUGAAAUCCUUUUUUUUCUGCAGGCGAUCUUCUUCCUGGCCUCCUCAGUGCUGUACUGCUGUGGUAGGGAGGAGUACCUGGGUUUUUUUGUGCUGUGUCUGGCUCUCAGCUGGGUCAACCUGCUCUACUUCUCCAGAGGAUACAGACACAUGGGCAUCUACAGUGUCAUGAUACAGAAGAUGAUCCUAUGUGAUAUCUUGCGCUUUCUCUUUGUCUACGUUACCUUCCUCUUUGGGUUUUCAGCAGCGGUGGUCACUUUGUUGAUGGAACCUGAUUUGCCAGCCAAUAAUACAGCACAGCCAAUAAACAGUACAGAUGGAAGAGGUCGUACCUUUUUCCUUCCCACUGAGGAUUCAUGUAUAAAACCCACCUUCAGGAACAUCUCUCACACUAUCAUGGAGCUGUUCAAGUUCACCAUCGGCAUGGGAGACCUGGAGUUCACAGAGGGGUACCAGUACAAGGAAGUGUUUUACAUGCUGCUAAUCUCCUACAUCGUGCUCACCUACAUCCUGCUGCUCAACAUGCUCAUCGCCCUCAUGAGCCGCACUGUGGAGAAGAUGUCCCUGGAGAGCACCAGCAUCUGGAAACUACAGCGGGCCCUCACCAUCCUGGAUCUGGAAAGGAGCCUGCCUCGCUGCUUGAGAAGGAGGCUUCGUUCUGGGGUGGACAAGGACCUGGGGACCAGGGCUGGAGAGAAAGACCGCCGAUGGUGCUUCAGAGUGGAGGAAGUCAACUGGAACAAAUGGAACACCAACCUGGGAAUAAUCAAUGAGGAUCCAGGGAGCGGAGAUACGGCCAGGCUGUCCCCUACACACAGCAGCAGAACGCUAGGCAGAGAGAAGAGCUGGCGGGGGUUCCUGGGAAAUGUCAGUCGAAGACAACAUACACAGCCUCAGCAACAAACACAAGUAGAGAGCACAGAGAUGUCCUCUCUGUCUCCUCUCAACCAUGUCUGAAGUCUGCUCUCGCAUCCUCCUGACCUAGAUGGUUCUCUUUCUUGCAAUGAUUAUGAUGUUUGGUUGUUUUACCUAUGCACAGAUUUCAUGAAAUUGCUCAAAUGUAUAUGUACUCUGGUUUAGUCCUAUCGUGUGGUUAAUAGGAGGGUAGUGGAGGGUUCUAGCCUCUAGAGGGCAGGUUUAAACAGCCAAAGAAACACAUUCACUCCACUGUUAUUGUGAUUUACAACAUUGAUUUAUUUAUACUUCAAGCUGAUUGUUAUUCUGUUAAAUCUAUGUGCCCUAAAAUGACUGCAAUCUGUGUUGAGCAAAUCGUAGAGAUGAGAUCUUAAUAAAGGAAAUCAUUGCA